GGCAUUUCAGUGUAUAGCAGGUAUAUAAAAAGUAUAGUACUUAUUUUAAAGACUUAAUUAUCAGGAAAAUCUUGUCGUUUAUAGAUUCCUUUGUAGGGAAGUGGCUGGUUGCUGCAUCAGAAGAUUCUCAUACUGCUGGGGAAGCUGAACAGUGAGGGUCAUCCACCAGGUUUUAUCAUCUGCCUCACAGACAACUCUGGAUGCAGAAGCUCCAUAACAAGACAAAAGAAGAGUGGGCAGUGAAAACGUUUAUUUUUAAUGAAAACACGAUUUCAAAGGACAGUGUGAAGAUGAAAGGGUUUUUCAUCUUUUUGCUAAAUCUGUCAUUGGUCUUCAGUGACCAAGCCAUUAAUGAAAGUGUUCCGAUGGAGAGCUUGAGGUGCCACAAUGACUACAGCUCACUUGUGACGUGCACAUGGAAGGAACACUCUGAGGCUCAUGCCCUCCUUGGUUUGACUCUGUACCAAAGGAAUGUUAUUAAAAAUGACAGUGAGGAAAUGCAUUGUCAAAAGGAGCUGGAAGAAGACUUAUCUGAGGCUUCAGACCCCUACAGCCAUUGGAUUUGUUGGAAAACAGUAGAAUAUUUUGGAAUUGGAGUGGAUGAAUAUUACAGCUUCAAACCCAAGCAGAAUCUUGAAGCACAACUACAAGUUCACCUUUUCCAAAAUGUUCAGCUCCUUCCCCCUCAGAACCUCUCAGUCCGAGAAAGUUCAGGGGACUUCCUGCUGACCUGGACAGCACCUGAUGGAAGCCAAGGGCUGGGCAGUGCAUUGGAGUAUGAAGUUGCUUACAAGCGGGACUGGGAGUCCUGGGAGAAGGCUGCUUCAUGCCUGCUCUCCAACAUCACUCAUUGCCAUCUCAGCCACCUCAUCCCAGGGAGCAGAUACAUCGCCCGUGUGCGAGCCAGACCGGAGCAGGGCACAGGUUUCUCCAGGCAAUACAGCGAGUGGAGCACAGAUGUGUCCUGGGAGACCCCCGAAGGUGGCAUUCAUCCCAGGAACCUUCGUUGCCUCUUCAAUGGUGCGUAUCUGAAGUGCAGCUGGGAAGUGAAGGAAGCGAUUGCCAGCUCUGUCAUCUUUGGCUUGUUCUUCAGGGCCACUCCAGCAUCAGCGGAAGAGGAGUGCUCUCCUGUGUAUGAGAAGGCUUUGCCCCAUGUCCCAUAUGUGGUGCAGAGCUGUGGGAUCCCUGUUAGCAACAUCAGCAGUCAGAGCCAGUACCAAGUGUCUGUGCGGACCAAGACGGAGGAGAAACUGAUAGAAGCCUAUAAGAACAUUAAGGUGCUGCCACCUGCAAAUGUGUCAGUGGAACUGAUGAGAAACCAGGAGUAUGAACUGAGGUGGAAAAAACACACUUUACGGUAUGGUUUCAUAAGACAGCAGUACGAAGUCCAGUUCUGGAAGCACAACCAAUAUGACAAAACCUUGAAGACCAUAAAAAUUACCAAUGAUGAACCUCCCUUCAUCUUCACUGAUCAGAUGUUGUCAGCUUCUACCACAUACAGGGGAAGAAUGCGUGCAAUGGUGAAUAAUCAGGAUUAUCGGGGCUACUGGAGUGAAUGGAGUGAGGAGUUCACCUGGGAAACUGAGAAUGUUCUUUCACCAGUGGUUCUCCCAUUGAUGCUGCCAGUUCUCAUCAUCACUUUGCUCACUGUUGCUUAUUGCAGCUUUAAGUACUUACUCAGGCAGAAGAAGCUGUGGGAGGAAAAGAUUCCAAACCCCAGCAAGAGUCUGCUGAUCCAGAGUUACUUGAAGAAAGUUGCUCUAGGAAACAGGCAUGCAAACAGCCAGCUGGAUUUCAACAAAUGCAGCCUUGUGGAGAACGUGGAUCAGCCUAGCUUCCUUCAAGUUGUGGACAGGCAGACGAAGAUUUUGGCGGAGUCCCCUGAAGUGCAGACUGAAAGGACAGAGGUUUCUACUCCUGCAUUGGACCUACAGAACCCAUACCAUGCUUUAAAUGUGCCAGAGCAUGCCCCAGUUGUCUGCCCAAGUCCGAUUCCUGGCUAUUCAUAUUCUGUUUCAAGGACAAACUGUGCUGACACAAGUAUAACUUCCCAGACAGCAAUCACUUGCUUUGCUUUCAACGGCCCAUACUUGUACAGCCCAGCGAGGUCUUCUCAGCCUGAGAUGCAUCAGACCCUGGACGUGAGCUUGAAUCCAAUGGGAAAACGGGAGAAAGCAGUGUCCCUGCAGUAUGUGACCCUUCCAGACAAAGCCAGCCCCCAGGCUGCACAGAGGCAGGAGCAGCCGGGAGCAGGUCCUCUGCAGCCCUUCCUGCUCCCAGAGCAGAAGGAAGCGCUGCAGUACCUCAACAAGAAGGAAGUUUCACCACUUCCCUCCACCUGUGGGAAAAGCACAGACGUGAGAACAGAAGAGCAGAAAUGUCCAGAGGCUCCUGGCUGUCCGACAUUCCUUCAGCAGUGUCCCUUGGAGUACAUCACCACAGACAGCCUGUCACUGCCAUCAGCCAGCAGCACCACACACCUGGCACUUGCCCCUGCUGGGGGGAAACCCUGUGAUACACAGGAGCCCCAGCCCUCCAGUGACUGCUCUUGCCAUGAGGUUUCUCCUGAGCAAUUUGGUGUCAUGCUCCCCCCUUCAGGCCAAAUAUCAGCCUCUCCUGAAAUGCACCUGGAUGCAUUUGGAGACUACCUUGAUGUCCGUUCAGGUCACCAUGGACCUUUAGAACUCUCAAAGAUUUCUUUGCCCUUUCAGCAGAAGGGAAGCACUCUCCCUAAAGAGCAGCCAUUGUCUGAGGGUAAUCUUGUGGUGUUAAAUCCUGACAGCACUGAGCCAGUUUUCCUUUGCCAGGUUGGUGACUAUUGCUUCCACAGCCUGAAAUCUGGUGAGAAGACGCGUAUGAGUCAGGAAUAUCCCCAAAUCAAGAAACCUUCUGGAGGCAGGACAGUACCUGGGAAACCUGUACCAGAUGAUGAAUUCAUCACUGGCAAGGAAGGGGAUGUAUCAAAAAUGCAGGCCAUUCAGCUUUUCAAAAGCCUCAAAUCAGAUGAUUAUUUCUCCUGGCAGCAAUCUCUGAGGAUCACAGAAAUCUGCUAAAGGAGCAAAUAUCAAUGAAUAGCAAGGCUAAGAGUAACUGAAGGAGGUGGCAGCUAUCUGAUAUAAACCAACUCAGCAAAUAAACAGAAAUUCCUUUUUCUGACUUCCAGUGCAACAUGUUGAAAGCCAUGCCAAUCAAUAGCUUGAUCUCAUCCUCAAUUUCCUUUGCAAUUUUGUCAUGAAAGACCAUCCAAAUAUCAUCACUAUGAGAUAGUUCUUGUUUUCUUAGAUUCUUGGAUUAUCUACAAAAUACACUUCAGCCUUCUUAUGGUCCUGCACUGGUUGCAUUCAUUUUACCAUAGCCCCAGACUACCUGGAGCAAAACCUGUUGGAAGAAAUGCUGACUUGAGUUUGUGAAAUGAUAUCAGGUUGCAAGCCAUUUGGAGACCUUUGUUAUAUAAGAUUGUUUCAAGUAAUUUUAUAAUCUUCUGUGUGUGUGAAAUAGAUCAAAGACUCAUCAAGGACCGUUAGUUAUUUCUACCUUUUCACUACUAACAUAGGUUAGGUAUCAUCUCAGAUGAAAAAUCACCAGACAGUUAUAGAAGCAUAAAUUGAAAAUGAGAAAAAAUGGCCAAAGUCCAGGAAAACUUUCUUAAUUUAAGAUGUGUUGUAUCAUGGUGUAUUCUUAGGAUAAGAAGAAAACAUUACUGAGAUACAUGAAAUAGGCUCUGGGGGACCAUAGGGAAGAUACAUCACUAGAAGAAAACCCAAGGACUCAUUCAGUACAGAGAGGAAGGGAAAGGGACAAUAACAGAGAACGACGAGAGAAAAGCUGUGAAGGUGCAGAAGCCUGUGUCUGGUGGGGCUUUUCUAUUUCUCAUUGUGUGAUUUUCUUUUAAGUUCAUCAGCUGUUUAAGCUCGAUAUAAUUCAUCUUAACCAUGUGACGUGUUCUUUCUUUUUUUGUUCUUCCUAAGCUGUAUUGGAAAAGAGGAACCACUUUUUUACUUAUUCUGUUUCUGUAAAGAAAGUGUUGCAAGAUAGGAGCACAGAAUUGCCACUCUGUGAUUAGUAAAUGGCUUUGGUUUUAGAUCUGAAGAUAGACUUGCCAUUCCAAAUAUAUAUAUAAUUUUAUCUAAUAAAAUAUAUUAUUUCUUCUUACAAAUCUCUUCUUUCAUGCCUUAGGAAUGUUGUACUUACAACAUUACUAUUAGCUCUAUUGAAUGGACCUUAAAAGAUUCUGUAAGUUCAGAACUGUCACCUGUAAGUUGACCUUGCUGUAUUAUUUGACAGACCUGAUGAGAAGGAGUUCUGUGUUUGUGCCUGCUGAUUCCUCCUGCUGAUUUAAUGGGACAGUGCUGAUUCAGAAAUUGCAGAGAAAUGCAUUAUUUUUUCACAAUUUAAUUGCUUACUAAUUUAAAUCUGAAAGGAGGCCAAAUUCAAUUUGACAUUCUUGAUGGGAAUAGGUAUACAGUUGCAGCCUCUAACAGAGAAUAUGGAAUGAGGAACACCUUAAAUGAUUUUCAAGUUUUUUCAGUCUCUUUGGCCUUUUAUGUGUAAGAAGGCUAAUUUCUUCUAGGCUGUGUGGUUGUGCUCUAGCUAGGCUGGUACGAAAAAGGAGAUGUUCAAAUUCAUAUGCAACUCAGGUAUCUGGAUUCUGAUCUCUGAUAGGCAUCAACUUGGAAUCAAAGCGUCCAUAGGCUUUGUUUUUGUCUUACAUUCCUUCCUGAAGUAAGCAUCUCAAUUAAUAGCGUAGAUCACCUUUUGCAACUCUCUGAUUCAACUUCAAAGAUUUCUGCCUCUGUUUUGACAGUAAGAAAUUUUCUCUUUCUUACUCUUAGGUAAUAACUUCAUUAUUGCUUCGUAAGAAUAAACCUCAACCAGAAAUGUA